AUGGAGACAAAAGCCACAGCCGCAAUUGAAAUUGGGCAAGUGGUUAUUUUCAAGACUUGGCCACUAUCGGUUCUUUUGCGCUUUCUAGGCGAAAUGGAUGUUUCAGAGAUAAGACCUAGAGAUGCCUUAAUUAAUACGACUUUGAUGUUGGCACUGACGUUGCAAGCGUUCACAAGGCUGCAGCAAGGCGGCGGCUGUCUCUACUCUAGUGAGUUGAAGUGUAAUGUGUGA